AUGCAGCUAGUGAAGGACUGGCAAGCUGAUAAGACGAAACCAAACCCGUAUAUCGUCGCUGAAGGAAAGAAUGCUGGACCAUCCGAAGCUCAGGUUGCGGCCAAGUUAAAGCGAGCAGAGCUGAAGGAAGCCCGGGAAGGUCGUGGUGAUUUUCUGGAGGGGGCAACGACUGCGACGGCCUUCGUCAAGGCAUUACUACAUCUGGAGGAUCUUAAACGACGCAUUAAAAACGAAGUCCGUGGGACGACGAGCCCUAGUGCCGAACGCGAGGUUCAAAUCGAAGAGCUUCGAGUAUCCUUCUUCAAGAAAUUGAAGACGCUGCGCAACCAACAGGAGGUCUUUAUGCCUGGCGUCUCAGGGCUGCAACAAGCCGAAGAAGAAUGUCGGGACACUGAUCGUCCUCCCACCAAGGCUGAGGAUGUCAAGCUAUGGCUACCAUCCGAUUUGACCGAGGCCCAACGAGGGAGGGCAAGCCGGGCCGCUCUAUCGACCUUGGAGGCUAAACUGCGGGAAGCUCAGUGUGGAGAUGCGUUAUCUCAGAUGCGCGACCUGCUCUACACCAAGACACAUAUAAUUCACUAUCGGAAUUCCACUUCAGUCGGCCAACGGGCAUCAACUCGAUCAAGCACACUGAUAUCGCGCGUAACGGACCAAAUACGAAGGGAAGCGACCAAAUACCGACAGGCGAGGGCGGCUCUGACGCGGCUUAUGGGGGCUCAAUAUCGCCCAGACUUGGCGGAGCUCGAGGACCGCGAUAAUGACGAGUGGGUGCUUCCCGGCGAGGUGGGAACGAGCCUUCUACCUCUGCAAGCGGGGCUGUGUCAUGGAUAUGGAAAACGGUUGGAGGGGCGGACGAACCAACACGGCUACAUGCAGCUGUGCGAGUAA